AUGGCUAUGCUGUGGAUCGAGGUGAAAUCCUUCCUUCCGUUUUAUGCCCUGAUUUACAUCUUGCCACAGGCCUUUGAGGUGGGCCCCCGUGCCCUCAAGGAACCGGUACUGCUGCUUGGCCUGGACAAACGUGCAGGCUGCAGCUUGGCCUGGGUACUGCGGGUCAUAGCGACGUUCCUUUGCUUGGCACUGACCGCUUGGAUGACGAUGAUGCCAGAUGAGUGCUUAAUGGAAAUCUGGUACGCCUUGGGGGUCGCACCCGUCAAAGCUUGGGCUUUUCAAAAGUGGACCAAGUGGAUGGUUGGAGGAACCCCCAAACUUCCACCUUUGCUGAACCUUGCAGCCUCACAAAAUGCAUGCCCAUCAACGAACACAAUGGAUCCACUCAUGUACCGCUGCUACUUUGGGUUUCUCGGCUUCGUUUGGGUCAGGCGAUCUUGGAGAUGUUGGGAAUGGGAGGAGCAGCUUUGA